AUGUACCAUGUUCCGUUGGUACCGCGCGAUACUGGACGAGAGGAAACUGUAUUCCGAAUAGAUCAAUCGCUCAAGAAGUUAAUGAAGGUUUCCGAUGAUGUAUUCAACAAAGUCGAAGAAAGAAUAGUAAGACUUCAUCAAAAAGCGGAAAAAAUUGACAAACGGACAGAGUUAUUGGAAAAAAAGUUGGAGCAAUUGCAAGGGUCCGACAACGUCAUUACAUUUGUUCUUCCACGUCAACUUCCAAAAGUUCCUAUCUCGGAAGAAUCACCAUCGGCAUCACUUUUCCAAAUAAAUGUUGAUUCGGAGAACUUGGCGGACUCUAACCAUCUUCCCGUGUUUCGAAGAGCGGAUGAUCAUAUUCUCCGUCCUUGUGAACCGAUUGACUUCACGUUCGAGCUCAAAAAAGCUGAUAAGUUCUUCUUGACGAGUCAGGUGAUGAGAGAAUACGAUCAGAAAGGUUGGGAACGAUACAAAAAACGGUUGACGAGUGGUCUCCGUGACCUUCCUCUAUUUCGCGAUGAUAUGAAUAUCGCGGAAUUGUUUUAUGCGGGUACCUCCAUACCUGCUUUUGUUGGCGUCACCGGUGAUUUCUCUCAGCGUCAUCUAGAUGCAGAUGAUGGAACAUCAACAAGAAGAAGUGGGCGUAACGAAGAAAUACUAAACUCCAGACUUCACGAACAACUUCUGGAAGAUACCGCUUUGAGUAAUAGGUUGAUGGCAGAUGACACCGUGGACGAUGACCAUCCACUAGCAUUCCGAAUCGAACAAAAUGUUAAUGAUAGGAAAUCUAUGGUAGAUUUACCAGAUAGUUUGCCGAACUUGAAAGGACACGCUCACGAUUUCACUCUUCGAGAUUUGGGAAUCGAUGAAGACCUCCUACCAGAUCUUACUGAUGACUCAUCAUCAUUGUUGGCCCUCGACAUCCAAACCUCUCAAUUUUCCCCCCAACCAACGUCUGUUUCGGAACCACCAACUCUACCAAUAUCACCACCUGAAACUCUAGUGGUGGAACUUCCACCUGUAGCUACAGUAAUUAUGGUUCCUCCAACUGUUUCCAUCCCUCCACCACCUCCACCCCCUCCUCCACCGCCUCCACCACCUCCGCCUCCUCCAUCUGCUGUGCCUCAGACCCCAGAUGCUUUCACACAAUCUACAGCUUCCUCUGUAACAUUUAGUCCCACAAAAUCGGUAGAUGGUGGAAGAUCUGAUCUAAUGGCUGCCAUUCGCGCUGCUGGAGGAGCAAGUAAUGCAAAGUUGAGUAAAAUCACAGAGAGACAAGUCAAGCGCAAAGGAAAGUUUGAUGGAAUUCUGGAAUCUUCUGCGCUUGGAGGGAAAGGAAGUACUGGAACACCUGGUGCAGUUCGUACUCCUCCUGGCGGAGGAGAUCUUAUGUCCGCACUAUCUAAGGCAUUAGACGCCAGGAGAAAAGCGAUCAAUGGGCAGAAUGAUCGAUCAUCCACGUCAUCAUCUCAUGUUGCUACGAAUUCCGUUCCAGCUCCUCCUCAUUUCAGUGAUGACGAAUGGAACUGA